UUCAGGUUUAAUAUUUUUAUUUUUCAACACAACAACACGCAAGCGCAGACAGAAAGCUUCAUGUUGUCAAGCAUGGAGAACUACAAGAUUGUAAACCAGUUAGGGCAAGGAGCCCAGUCUACCAUUUUUUUGGUAGAGGAUCUGAAAAAUGAGAACAAAACAUGUAUCUUGAAAAAGGUUGAGUGUUUUGAUGAAAGUGAGGCAAACAAAGCUUUUAGAGAGUCUCUGGCUUUACAAGAGUUAAACCAUCCAUAUGUAUCAGGCUAUAAAGAAUUUUUUGUUAUGUGGGAGAAGAAGGAUUCAUCUAUGUACAUGUGUAUAGCAAUGGACUACUUCCCAAAAGGCCAUCUUGGUCAAUAUAUUGAUGAAAAAAGACAGAGCAAAGAAAUUAUUCAAGAAGAGAAAAUAAAGACUUGGAUUGGACAGAUAAUAGAAGCCUUAGUAUAUGCACAUGAGAAGGGAAUAAUUCACAGAGAUGUUCGACCCAAUAAUAUGUAUGUAAAUGAGGAUGGUAAUUUGGUUCUUGGAGAUUUUUCUGUUGCCUCUGUAAUGGGAGAUACCAGAACAUGUACAAGAUCAACACUAGAUAUAACUAACUACAUAGCUCCAGAAAUGACUGACAAGUUUACCAUGGCAUCUGAUGUGUGGGCCUUUGGUUGUAUUUUAUUGGAGCUGACAACCACAUCCCUAUAUACACAAGAAGAAAUUAUGGAUAAAAUCAGAGACAUCAAGGAAGAUUCAUUUGUAAUGGAACAGAUAUUUGAAGAAAUUUCAAGGUUCUAUUCAAGUGAUAUAAUCAGCUUACUUAGAAAUACUUUGAAGAGAAAUAAAAGACCAACAGCCAGAGAAUUGCAGGACAAAAAUAAUUAUGUACAGGAAUGUGUAAAAAGAAGUGAUGCUUCACAGUUAGAGAAGAGAAAGAGGAGAGAAUCCAUUAUAAUACCAAAAGACAAAACUGAAUUGCCAAAAGGCCAAGGAAUAAGACCAGUAGUACAGUAUCUUGCCAAUAUGGUUGAUUAUGAAGACAAUGUUAGAUCUGCUUUGGAGUAUCUUGUAGAACUUGCAAAGGAAGUUGAAGUGUUUGAAAUUGAUGCCAGCGGGAAACGUAUGAUUAAAGCUGCCAUGCGAAAUAAUCUGCUAGAUAAAGACAUACAAAUAGCUGGCUUUAAUAUACUUAACAGUUUAAUUAUAACAGCAUUAAGAGAAGCACAAACUGAUGAUGUUUUGUUCACACCAGAGAUUAUAUCUAUUGUGCCUGUUGCUAUGGAGCACCAUGAAGCAUCAGCAGAACUCCAACAGUCUGGUGCAGCACUUUUAAUGGCAUUAGCCUCACAAGAGGGUGCAGCUGAGGUAAUAGGUCUCUAUGGAGGUGUAGAACACAUUAUUACUGCACUUAAGACACAUCCUAACAACCCUGAGUUGUGUUCAACAUGUUGCCAUGCUUUGUGGAGUCUGGCAGUUGUGGAGGAUAAUGUAAAGAUAGCCACAGAACAGAAAGCCAUAUCUCAUGUCUGUGGGGCGCUGAAGACACAUAUGAACUCACCAGAUGUGGCAGAAGCUGCUUCAGCUGCUCUCCUGUCCCUAACACUAAAUGAUGAGAAUUUUGACAAUGUGGGAGACUUGGACUGUGUUGGGUUAUUAAUUGAUGCAAUAGAAAAACAUAUGAAGAAUGCAAAAGUUGUGAAAAAUGCUUGUCUAGCGUUGGCCAGUCUAGUUGAACCAGAUGAGGAAAGUGCAUACAGAGUAUUGACCAAUGAGGUUUCAACUGGAGGUCAUGUGGCAGGAGUUCCCAUUAUACUUAAAGCCUAUGACCUUCACAAGGACAAUGCUGAGGUUGUGGAAAGUAUUGUGUCAUUAGUAAUGGAAUUAUCAGAAUAUGAUGAUGUGUGUGCUGAAAUGAAACAUUUAAAUGUCGGACCAAAUCUUCUAUCACAGAUAUUUAAAAGGUUUAAAGAAAAUAGGGAUAUAAUGGACCCAUGUGAAAAGGCUUUAGGAAAGCUACAGUUAAUAUCUGGACAGAAAGCUAAAGCAUAAUCAAAUACCCAUCAUGCACCUGAUUGCUCAUUGAACUAAGAUGUGAACUCUAGACAGUCCAUAUGGAUUGGAUCAGAAUAAAGAGUGAACUUUAACAAUAUUUUAUGGUUGAGAAGAUAAUAUGUAUUGUAAAGAUAAACACUAAACAGAAUAUGCACCAUAGAAUAUUUUAUUUAAGCAUUAGUCUUUUGUAGCAUGAUAACUGCCAAAACAAUGAGGAACCAAUUUGACAGGAAUAAUGUAUUAUUUAGGGCCUUUAUAAAAACUUUGAUGAAAAAAUGGUCACACUUGAAAUUGCAAGGCUAACUUUUGUUUUGGAAAGAAUGAAUAUUACAAAUAUCAACACUAAGAAGGUUUCUAAAAGGUUACAAAUAGUAUUAACUAGUAUUAAAAUGGUAUAUUUGAUUCAUUUGGCAGAAUUCAGUUUUUUUAGCAAGAUUCUGACAUUUUAUACAUGUAUAUUAUUAGUUUUAAGUCCACAAGCAAUCAUAUCUUAUGUGUAUUUUUGAAUCUAAAAUAUGGCAUUCUUUAUGACACGUAAAAAUGGCAAUAAAAUAUAGUUUUGAUUGACUGCAAGUAUCUUAUGUUAUAUAUACAUAUGCAGGUCAGAAGAUAAAUUUAUAUUGUUACUUAUUUAUCGUUGAGAGCCUUUGGUGCCAGUUUGAAAGAUAUUGUAAAUUAAGGGAUGUUAGAAUUACAAUGUUGAGUAUUUUUGUGUCUUAGACUGAAUAAUAUGGUACAAUUUACUGGUAAUCAGUAUUUUUAUAGUCCAUGCCAUACACUGAACUCAAACUACUAUUGUAUUAUUUGUGAAUUUCAUGUUUUGUAUGACACAUUUUAUCUGUGAUAUUGUCAACUGUGAUUUGUUUUUUAUUCUUAUUGUUUUUAAGACGUGUUAUGUAUAUGGUAUUUUUUAUGACAUUUUUAUCAAAUAAAAUUAAAAAACCUUU